UGACGUAACUUCCUGCUUUCGGUGGCCUUCCGCUCUGGCAGCUGUCGGGAGGGGCUCGGAAAACAUUUAGCAGGGCCCCUCGACACCAUUAGCCCUUAGAAGUGCAAUGAGGUCGGUUAGUUACGUGCAGCGCGUAGCCCUGGAGUUCAGCGGAAGCCUCUUCCCGCACGCCAUCUGCCUCGGAGACGUCGACAACGAUACGGAGUAAUGAAGAAAUGUCUUCAGUUAAAUGAACUGGUGGUGGGAGACACCAGUGGGAAGCUGUCUGUGUAUAAGAAUGAUGAGAGUCGGCCAUGGCUCACCUGUUCCUGCCAGGGAAUGCUGACUUGCGUUGGGGUUGGAGAUAUAUGUAAUAAAGGAAAGAACCUGGUGGUGGCGGUGAGUGCUGAGGGCUGGUUUCACUUGUGUGACCUGACGCCUGCCAGGACCCUGGAUGCUUCUGGGCACCAUGAGACGCUAAUGGGAGAGGAGCAGCGUCCUGUCUUUAAGCAGCACAUCCCUGCCAACACCAAGGUCAUGCUGAUCAGCGACAUCGAUGGAGAUGGGUGUUGCGAGCUGGUGGUAGGGUACACAGACCGUGUGGUACGAGCCUUCCGCUGGGAAGAUCUGGGUGAGGGCACUGAACAUCUCACAGGGCAGCUGGUGUCACUCAAGAAAUGGACGCUGGAAGGUCAGGUGGACAGUCUCUCGGUGACUCCAGGAUCCCUGGGCGUUCCUGAACUGAUGGUAUCACAGCCAGGCUGUGCUUAUGCAGUUCUGCUGUGUACCUGGAACAAGGACACUGGGCACUCUGCUACCUCUGAGGCAACCACGGAGAGCAGCAGGGAGACCCCGGCUGCCCGAGAUGUCGUGCUGCACCAGACGUCUGGCCGCAUCCACAACAAGAAUGUGUCUACUCACCUCAUUGGCAAUAUCAAACGAGGCCACACACCUGAGAGUAGUGGCUCUGGCCUCUUUGCCCUCUGCACCUUGGAUGGGACACUGAAGCUUAUGGAGGAAGCAGACAAGCUGUUGUGGUCCGUGCAGGUGGAUCACCAGCUUUUUGCCCUCGAGAAACUGGAUGUCACGGGCAACGGGCAGGAGGAGGUGGUUGCCUGUGCCUGGGACGGACAGACGUAUAUCAUUGAUCACAACCGCACGGUUGUCCGCUUCCAAGUGGAUGAGAAUGUCCGAGCCUUCUGUGCAGGCCUCUAUGCUUGCAAAGAGGGCCGCAACAGCCCCUGCCUCGUGUAUGUCACCUUCAACCAGAAGAUCUAUGUGUACUGGGAGGUACAGCUUGAGCGGAUGGAGUCUACAAAUCUGCUGAAGUUGCUGGAGACUGAGCCAGAGUACCAGAGCCUGCUGAAGGAGCUGGGCAUAGAUCCUGAUGACCUCCCCGCAGUCCGCACCCUGGUUCACCAAACUCUCUACCAUCCUGACCAGCCACCAAAGUGUGCUCCUGCAAGCCUCCAGGAUCCCACGUAGCUGGACUUUGCCUCUUAGCUGAAGAGGGAACCUUCUGAAUUGGCAGAUAGGGAACAUACGUUACAGAGGUGUGUGGGCAGAUGGCAGCAACCCUAGGAUGACUAAACUAUAGAUCCCAUGGUCUUCUUGGUGAAAGAAGAGACAAGUUGACCCUCUGCCCAUUUUCUUGUGUACCUUGCCUACAACAUCAGCGGGGUUGUAGGACCCCAACUUUAUUCCACACCGCCUGGGACUGCUCCCUCCCCAGAGCUAACCCACUCUUGUUGUAUGGAAAGGAGACUUGUUUGUGGCCCCUAUACUCGGAAGGAAACUAGGCUUCGGCCUGAGUAGAACAGUGAGGUAGGGGCUCUACCCCAUCCCAAGCUCCAUCUUCCACGUCACAACUCCAGGUCCUUCACAGUAGUAAUUACAGGAACGAAAGGCUAUUUGUUUUGUUUUUGAGGGGUCUUUCAGGACAUUUUAGUCCCAGUUUUCUGUGUCCCCAGCAAUCCUGAGAUGAUUUUGCUCUUAUUUUCCGAAGAAGUUGGACCAGCACUUUCAUUUUGCCAUGUUCAAGUAUUGUGCAGCUUCAUAGGCCUUGCUCCAUUUCCCACCCAAUCAUUUCCCCCAAAACACCUUAUUGUCUGUCAGACAAUAGACAUUUAAAAUUUGAUGCAACUUUAUGAUCCAGACCAUAAUCAGAAUUAUAUCUUGGCCGUUUAUAUCCCUUCUGUUUGAAUUCUGUGUGCUUUAAAUCAGUAUCUUUCAAGUUGUAGGUUGCAGUCAGCAUUUUUUAAAUAAAUGAAAUAGAAUACAAUAGAAUGAAA